AUGGCGGCGCCUUUGUUGGGCAGUCAUGAAGGCGUCUCUUGCGACGGAUGUAGCAUCACGGCGUUUGUCGGAAACCGCUACAAAUGCCUUCGAUGCGGUGACUACGAUUUAUGCUUCUCGUGCUACACAACUAAGAAUUUUGGGGACCAGACGGCGGCACUGGACUCUUUGCCCCAUGAUGAGACGCAUCCCAUGCAGUUGAUAAUGACAGCGAGCGAUUUUGAAGCCGUGUACGAAGGCGAUCCGAGUCGACGGUACGACGAACGCAAAAUCGUCUCGUUCAUUUGUCCGUAUUGCAAUGAAAAUGGUUUCUCGGAGCGCGGAUUCGGGAUUCAUGUCACGACAGCCCAUGUGGACCCUCCAGAAUUCAAUGUGAUUUGCCCCCUCUGCAUUGGAAUUUCCGACUCGCAGGACCACAGUCUGCCGCGGGAAACCGAGAAUUUGUGCUCGCAUUGGAUAGGACAUCACGGCGGAAUGGAAGCCGUGGGUCUUUCGGACUAUCUAAACACACUAUGGCCUAGGUAUGGUGGUGGUCGUGGGAGUAAUGGAAGAGGAGGACAAUACACUCUUUCGAGACUCGAAGGCUACCGUCCCAACGACGCUCUAGCCAACUCAACCCGUCCAGCGAAUCGUCGACCAAUGCUCGCGAGACGAACUCAACGAGCCGGCACCGCCCGAACGACAGGUAUCACGGGACGCACGAUUCCAGAAGACAUUGGGGAAUUAAUGCGACAGGAUGGUACUGAUGAGAUUAGGAGAAUGGCGGAGAUGUUGUCAGUACCACAUGCAGCAGCUGCAAUGGCACGGAAUGCUCAGAGAAUGAUGGCGGCGGCCGGGUUUGAACGGGCUGCCGUGGUGCUGGAGAGCUCGUUGGCCAUGCAGGAUCAACAGGUUCAACAGGUGAUCCGACCGCUCCCGAUGGUCCCAAUCUAUCCGCCGACAUCUGACGAUUCGGGUGAUGAGACGACGCCACGUCCGGCUGCCGAUUCAGCUGAUGAGGAGGAGGAAGACGACGAUGAUGACGACGACGAGGAUCAGACGUCGUCAGAAGAUGGAAAUGAGAUUCGGGAGAUUUUCGAGAAGGCGGCGGCCAUCACCGAAGACGACGAGCUGAAAAACGACGCGUUCUGGCAGACGAUAAAGACGCGAAUCACGCCAGAAGAGGUUUCCCUUCUUCUGGAGACACUGAAGACGUCGACGAAGCCAAAAGAAGAAAGAGGAGACGACCGGAUUUUGCCGGUUUGGACGCAGCGGCCGCUGAAACCCACGGUUGGAGCGCAAGUGACCACGAUUCCUGAUGCGGAUGGCGAUCAAGGCUGGCUGCCCCUGUGCCUCGAAACCACGCCCCUUCGAUCCACUGGCUGCGGAGGCUACUGGUCCGACAAACGAUUUCUACGUCCUCGAAAGAUGCAGAGAGAGCAAUCGGUGGCGAGUUCGAAUGCUGAAAUCAUGGAAAAAGCGGAAAUUGCAAUGGCGCUCUGUCGAGCAACCACCCAGCAUCAACCCGAUUUCUCGGAUGUCUCAAAACCCGACGUCGCGCUUCGAGAGGCAUUGAAACACUUGAAUUUGGGAGAGAAACCCGAGAGAAUGAAGGAAUAUCUGGCGGCCGAGGAGGUUGUGCAUCGGCCGGAACGCGAUCCGUUGACAUUGGAAAGUGUGGAGAUUCCGGAUUUCACCGCCAGAGGAUAUGGACAAAUUGUUGAUGGGGUGGUUACGUUGGGGGUGGUGCCGGAGGCUGAUGAAGCCAUUUCCCAUUCGGAAGACGAAGAAGAGGCUGCGGCGCUCCGGCGUCGUGGUGGCACGACGACGGACGGCGAAGAGACUUCUGGAGACGAGGAAUCUGAAAAUGACGACGACGACGACGAUGAUGAUACACAGAACGACGAAGAAGAAGAUGAUGAUGACGUGGAUGAUGAUGAUGAUGAUGAUGGAGGCAGUGUGGAUAGCUCGAUUCUCAAUCCUAAUUGA